GCUCGAGCUUGGCUCAUGACAGCCCUCCCGCUCAGGGCUCAGCCGCUCAGGGCCUCAGGUCUCCUCUGUUUCUUAAACAUUUCCCUUCUCUCGGACUCUCUCCUCCCUUGCUUUUCCUUCCCUGGCGGCUAUGACUGGGCGAGCGGCGGCGCCAUUUGUCCUGUCUUCGCCCAGCCCUUUGCCGGCGACGAGCGCAUCCUCCAGGAUUUCAGCAUGAAUGAUUCUGUUCAUGACAAUAUUGUACUGGACAAAUGUGUCAAGGACAUCCUUGCACUAAUCAAACCAGCAGAGGAUGAUAGAAGCAAAAGACUAUCCACAAUCCAGGAGCUGGAAAAUUGCAUCCAUUCUCUUGCAUCCUUGACAGGUGCUGCUGUCAAACCUUUUGGGUCCUUUGUAUCAGAUCUUUACUCAAAAUCGGGCGACUUAGAUUUAUCUGUGCAGUUUGGAAAUGGUUCAAACCUCCCUAUAAACAAGAAAAAGAAGCAGAAUGUCUUGAGAGAAGUUAGGAGAGCUUUACGAGGUUUUGCUGGAUAUGUUCAGUUCAUUCCUCAUGCAAGAGUUCCAGUCCUUCAAUAUGUGAGCAACCGCUAUGGCAUCUCCUGUGAUAUAUCAAUCAACAACUUUGCUGGUCGAAUUAAAUCCAAAAUCUUCUACUGGGUGAAUACUUUAGAUGAGCGGUUUGGUGAUAUGGUUUUGCUGAUCAAGGAAUGGGCAAAAGCUCAAAACAUUAAUGAUCCAAAGAGUGGGUCCCUCAACUCCUAUUCCCUUUGCCUACUUGUCCUCUUUCAUUUUCAGACAUUGGAGCCACCAAUUCUACCACCUCUGAAGGAGAUUUAUGAAGGGAACAUUGCAGAAGAUAUUACAGAAGGGGCAUUCUAUAAUGAGCAACAUCUUGAUGAGCUUUGUGUCACAAACAUAGAAAGAUUUAGACUCCAGAACCAGCGCCAAAGAAAUGAAAGUUCUCUUUGUCAUCUACUUGGGAUUUUUUUUCAAAAGUUUGCUCAUAUCAGUGCCCUUCCGGGCAAUGUCAUAUCUACUUACUCGGGCCAGAUUGAACGAAUCCAGGACAACCCAAGUUGGAUGACCAAAUCUUACCAUUUAUUUGUUGAAGAUCCAGUUGAGAGACCGGAUAAUGCAGCUAGAGCGGUUAGUAUGAAAGGUCUUGGCCGAAUUGCUAGUGCAUUCAAUGAUGCUUGCCGCAAGUUUGACUCCCUUGAGCAUAUCGACCGGAAUGAAUUAUUAGCGCUGUUGUGUACCCCUGGUGUUGGCUCGAAGCUUGGUGGAAGAGUCCUAGCUAACUCUUACGCAAAAAUUCCACAAAGGAAUAACCAGCAUACCAGAACGGGAGGACGCACAGAGCGUGAUCAACGCCUCCAGGUAUCCAGGUUUACUGGAACCAGAACAGUUCACAAAAACCCACAGGUGGAUACUACAAUGCACCAAGCAGCAGUACAAUUUCGUAACCAUGGACAUGUUACUUCAGUACGGCAAGCAGCGGCUGCACACCUGAAUCGCAGUCAGCAGAAUUAUACCACAGUACAUCAGAUGGCACCAUACCAGAACCAUAAUCUCCCACAGGUGUAUUCUAUUCGGCCCCAAAUGGCUGUACCAUACCAGACUCACUAUCAGCAGGUUUGUGCUGCAGGGUUUCAAACUGAAGGACCAUACCAGAGUCAUAAUCAGGUUUAUGGUACAGGAUUCCAUACACCAAGACCAUACCAGAGUCAUAAUCAGGUCUACCAAGCAGGGUUCCAACCAGCAGGAACAUAUCGGAACCAGAGCCAACAGGGGCUUACUCCAGGGCUGCAAACCUCAGGUCCGAACCAGAAUCAGCAGCGGCGAAAGGGAUACACAUCAAAUCAUCAGGCUAAUAGGCAUGCUGUGACGACAGCGAGGUAUGAGCCAGUUCGUGGACAGUUCAACAACGGAUCAAUACAAGACUCGCGAUAUCAAGCAUCAAACAGUGCAGCUUCUCAAAGAUAGCCGUCAAUGCCGAUAGCUCACCAGUAUAGGUAGACUCAGGAGGAUAGUAACAUAUAACCUUCUGACUUUUGCAUGGCAAUAUUCAUCAAUGAAUGCCAUCUUCAGCUUUUGCCUGACAACGGGCGUCAGCUUUAUGAUAUGAGACAUGGCUUUUGCCAGCAAUCUCUGAUAUAAGCCUUGUGUUAUGUGGAUUGAGGCAUCACAAACUUGUAUUCCUGCAUGGCUCUCUUUGUGUGUAAUCUUGCUGUAAAUUGCCGUUUACUUGCAGUCAGCUUACAAUUGCCAGAUGCAAGUUUGUAGGAAGGUGAAAUCUCAUGACUUUGGGUC